AUGGUGGGAGAUCAAAUACGUAUCAGUACCCCGUCCAAUAUCGCAGACGCGUCACCCAGCAACACCGCUCCUGUCCAGUCAAGCGCAACAACCGCUGCCCCAGAACCCACCAACGCCGCCAACGGAACCAACACGUACUGCGGGAAAUACUACAUCGUAGCCACAGGCGAUUACUGUGCGUUGGUCAGUUCUCAGAACGGCAUCGUCCUGAGCGACUUCUACUUCCUCAACCCGGAGAUCGAUGCGAACUGCACCAACCUCGAGCUGGGCAAGGCCUACUGCGUCGCCCCGGUAGGCACCAUCUCGACCUACUCCGGAUACGGCGCCAGCUCCGAGGAGAUGGAAGCCGAGAUCAACUCCUGCUCGGCCGUCGCCUCCUUCUACGAGGUCAACCUGAGCGACCUGCUGGAGUGGAACCCGAGCCUCGACAACUCUUCCUCCUGCAAGCUCGAGCAGGGAUACAGAUACUGUGUGCAGCUUCAUGGACCCACGCCCACCAUCACCAGCGGUGUCACCCAAACCGGCAUCACCAGCACCUGCAACGCCUACGUCCUCUACACCUCCUCCGACGAACAGGGCUACUGCGCCGACAUCGCCUCGACCGCCGGCAUCUCGCUGUCCGACUUUCUCGCCUGGAACCCGGCCGUCGGCGAGGCCUGCGAUGGCCUGUGGCCUGGCUACGCGUACUGCGUUGGUGUCAGCGGAGGUAGUAGCAGUACUACCGCUGCCCCAACCACAACUACCAUGGCCCCUACGACAACGACGACGGCAGCGGCGCCGACGACGACUGCGACGGGCGUGACGCCGCCUGGUCCGACUCAAGAGGGCAUCGUGGCUGGGUGCACCAAGUACGUGUUGCAGCAGGAUGGCGUUUAUUGCUACGACAUGGCGCUCGCGGCGGGCAUUGAGCUGGACGAGCUGUACGAGUUGAAUCCGGCGUUGGGCGGGGAUUGCUCUGGGUUGUGGCCGGGGUAUGCUUAUUGCGUUGCUACGUGA